GUUAGUUAAACCUGUCAAAACGAAAGUGCACCUCAGCUUGUUGGUAAAUAACAAGAAAUUAAAGUAAAACAAACUGUAAAAAAUUCCCGGAAAUUUUUAAAAAUAAACACAAUAAAGAGAAGAGGUUAAAAAAAUAAAUGUGACAAAGAAUUUUCGCCUCCAACUUCAUCGGCCUCCCUCGCGUUGAAAAACUCGUCACAAAAUUAAUUUCGGAACGUUAAUUUUAAACUAUGGUGAGAUAUUUUUAAAUAGAUAAAAGUGACUGAAAGGAUAAGGAUCAUUUUCAUUCAUGUUCUUUGAUUUUGAAGAGGUUAAAGUAGGAAGAGGUGUCAAUGACCCGGUUUUUGAGGAUUUAGUGCAAUAGGACAAAAACGGAGACGAAUUCGCUGAUAAUUCGAGUAAAAUUAGAAAACUAAUGCCUAAGAACUCCUCAUCAGAAGGUUUAGCGGAUUCUGCGAAAAUUCGUUGUCCGGCGCCGAUUUCCCGGCUUCGGGUUGAAAAAAUCGAGGGCGGUUUGAUGGUGGCCGGCGUCGUCGUGGCCGCAAAUUGUCAAAUAAUCCUUCCGAUAUUCGGUUUUCUGUUCCUUUUAGUAGGAUGCGUACUCACAGCUGCAUCGUACAGAGGACCAGGAGAAGGCGAAGAACCGGAUCAUUACGCGGCACGAAUCGCUUUCACCGGGAAUUCGAGGAUCUUGGGGCCCGCUUGUAUCGUGGUCGGGUUCCUUAUGACAGCCGCUGGAGUCGGAUUGUGUGUGCUUACGAGGAGGGUUCGAAAACGUGAACAGACAAUUGGUUUUCAUUGUCCGUUACACGGAGAUUUUUAUCCGCUUAGUCCCGUUACGAGUUCAAAAACUCUUGCAACAUUAGAGAAUGGUACAAGAAACACAUUACUUUGUUGGUCAAGAAAACGUGGUCCAGGUGCUAUAGCAGUUGGUCCACCACAGUGCCCUCACAGUCAAGUAUCGAGUACUAGAAGUUCGCUACAAAGUUCACCUCACAGUCAGUGUCCUACUCCAUUACCUUUUCUUGUUAAUUCCGGAUCAGUUAGUGGUUUAGUUCCAACUGUAGCUCAACUAUCACCAGAUCAACCUUUUGGUUCAAUCCGUUCGUUGGCUGUUAGUAGAGAAGUUGCGAGUUUUCCAAUGUCUCGGACACCAACUCCACCUCCUUCGACGUUUGAAAGUCCAAGUUUGAUUCAAGUUCCGGAUGAGGAAAAAUUGGUAUCUCCGGAUAGCGAAGACUUGAAUCUGCAUAAAACAGUUCCCCGGAAAUCCGUUUCAAUAGUAUUACCUUCUGAAAAUAAUCAAGACGUUUAGAAUUAGAUAAGAAAUAAAUUAUAAUUAGAGGACAAUGAUGAUGAAAAGGACAAGACUCACUUCAGCUUAGGUGCGCGAUAAAAAGAUAAUAAACAAUUAGUUGAAUGAAAGAAGAAUGAGAUUAUAAAUUAGUUUUGUUUUUUAAAACUAUUGUAAUUAAUAGAUGAGUGAAUGUA